GCGGCUGGCCGAAGACGCAACACCGAUAAUCUAAAAAGAAACCCGCCGCCUCUUUUACGCAUGGAUCUGCCUUCGUCUUUUAAGGGAACUCAAGGAGAUGCAUUGAUUUGCGUCGUUGGAAAUCGAGGAGACUGGCACAUGGAAGCAAGGGCAUUCAUGUUGUAGGCUGCAAAGUUGCUAAAGUAGUUUCCCUUGAAGUUUUUUUCCGCCACUAGUUCAGAUUCCCCAUUUCUCCAGCCUGUAUACUCAUAGCCAUCAUGGCGAGGCGGGCAGGGGAGAAGUGCCUGGGUUUAACGCCGAACACGCGCUCUGUUUUCCGGAAUAAGCACCGUGGAUCCCACCGGGACUUCAAGUCUUUCUUGUGGAGCUUCGUUUUAAUCUGGUCGGCCCUUUCUUGUGGAUAUUGCGGGGCUGACACUGAGUUUUCCAUCCUGGAAGAAGCGCAAGUUUUGGCCGAGCAAAUGAAAAAGCUGUCCUCGCAGGAGCUGGGGGUAUUUACUAUGCAGAGGAUUUUCAACUCAUUUGUGUAUACCGAGAAGACAUCAAACGGAGAGACAGAAGUGCAGCAGCUUGCCAAGAAGAUUCGUGAGAAGUUCAACCGCUACCUGGACGUGGUCAACAGGAACAAGCAGGUGGUGGAGGCUUCGUACACCGCCCAUCUCACCUCCCCACUCACCGCCAUACAGGACUGCUGCUCCAUACCUGCAUCCAUGAUGGAGUUUGAUGGCAACUUCAACACCAACGUCUCCAAGACCAUCUGCUGUGACAGACUUUCCCCGACCGUCAACAGCCGGGCUUUCAACCCUGGACGAGACCUCAACUCAGUGUUGGCAGACAACCUGAAGUCCAACCCGGGGAUAAAGUGGCAGUACUUCAGCUCAGAGGAGGGCAUCUUCACUGUCUUCCCUGCCCACAAGUUCCACUGCAAGGGAGGUUACGAGCACCGCAGCAGGCCUGUCUAUGUGUCCGCGGUCCGUCCCCAGUCCAAACACAUUGUGGUGAUGGUGGACCAUGGAGCGUCGGUGACUGACACCCAGCUGCAGAUUGCCAGGGACUCAGCGUUGGUCAUCCUGAAUGCCAUAGAUGAACACGACAAGAUAUCCAUCCUUUCAAUCGCCGAAACAGUUCGCUCGUGUUCUUUGGACCAGUGCUACAAGAGCCUGCUGUCUCCGGCGACCAGCGAGACCAAGAGGAAAAUGAGCACUUUCAUUUCCAACAUCAAGGCCUCCGACGGUGCCACGCAGCACGCAGCGGGCUUCCAGAAGGCCUUCCAGCUGCUCCGAAACACCAGCAGCCUCAGCAAGCACACUGCUACCACAGACAUGGUAAUCAUCUACCUGUCGUCUGGUAUCACAUCUCGAGACGCAUCAGAGCAUGAGAAGAGAGCGACGCUCAGUGUGGUCAGAGAGGAGAACCGGCACCUCAACAACUCUGUCAUGAUCCUCACCUACGCCCUCAUGAACGAGGGAGUAACAGGCCUGAAGGAGCUGGCCUUCCUGCGUGACCUUGCAGAGCAGAACUCCGUCAAGUAUGGCGUCGACCGCAUGUUCGACAGAGACCGCUCUUCUGUGGCGUCCUCAUCCGGAUCAGCAGGAGCGGCCAUGUUGCCGGUGGUGAAAGGCAGCAUGAUGGUGCUGAACCAGCUGAGCAACCUGGAGACCACGGUGGGCCGCUUCUACAUCAACCUGCCCAACCGCAUGAUCGACCUGGCCCGCUUCAGCUUGCCCUAUGCUGACCCCAUGGGAGACGGUUUUAUCAUGACCGUGAGCCGCCCGUGUUACUUUGGUAACCUGCUGCUGGGCGUGGUGGGAGUGGAUGUGAGUCUGGCCUACAUCCUGGAGGACGUCACCUACUACCAAGACUCACUGGCCUCAUACACCUUCCUCAUUGAUAACAAAGGUUACACCCUGAUGCACCCGUCCCUGACGAGGCCCUAUCUGAUGACAGAGCCGCCGCUGCACACGGACAUUAUCCACUACGAGAACAUCCCGGGGUUCCCUGCUGUCCGGCAGAACAUUCUCAGUCUCCCUUUGGGCAGUCAGGUCAUCGCCGUGCCAGUCAACUCCUCUCUGUCCUGGCACUCCAACCGACUCAGAGACCCGAGCAAAGACGCGUACAACGUCAGCUACGCCUGGAAACUGGUGCAGGACACGUCGUUCAUCCUGUGCAUCGUGUACGUUCAGCCGGAGAUCCCAGUGAAGCAGCUGAAGAACCUGAACACGGCUCCCAGCUCCAAGCUGCUCUAUCAUCGCUUAGACCUGCUGGGCCAGCCCAGCUCCUGCCUGCACUUCAAACAGCUCGCCACCGUCGAGUCUCCCACCGUGAUGUUGGCAGCUGGUAGUUUCUCCUCUCCCUAUGAGCACCUCAGUCAGCCAGAGACAAAGCGUAUGGUGGAGCACUACACCGCCUACUUGAGCGAUAACACCCGGCUCAUAGCCAACCCUGGCCUCAAGUCCUCUGUCAGGAACGAGGUUAUGGCGACCAGUCACGUCACGGAUGAGUGGAUGACACUAAUGGAAAUGAGUAGCCUCAACUGCUACAUUGUGCGCCGUUACAUAGCAACACCCAAUGGGGUGCUCCGGAUUUACCCGGGCUCAUUGAUGGACAAAGCCUUCGACCCGACCCGCAGACAAUGGUACCAGCAUGCUGUGGCUAACCCUGGCCUCAUCACCUUCACUGGGCCCUACCUGGAUGUGGGAGGGGCCGGCUACGUCGUCACCAUCAGUCACACCAUCCAUGCCUCCAGCUCUCAGAUGGCCUCUGGGUAUGCGGUUGCAGUGAUGGGUAUAGACUUCACUCUACGCUACUUCUACAAGGUCCUGCUGGACCUGCUGCCCAUCUGCAACCAGGACAAAGGCAACAAGAUCAGGUGCUUUAUUAUGGAGGACAGGGGGUACCUGGUAGCCCACCCUACACUCAUUGACCCGAAAGGUCAUGCCCCUGCAGAGCAACAGCACAUCACACACAAGGAGCCGCUCGUUGCCAAUGACAUCCUGAACCAUCCGAACUUUGUCAAGAAGAACCUGUGCAACAGCUUCAGCGACCGCACCGUGCAGCGCUUCUAUAAGUUCAACACAAGCAUAGUGGGCGAUCUGACCAACCUGGUCCACGGGAGCCACUGCUCUAAGUACCGACUGACCAGAAUACCUGGCACCAACGCCUUUGCUGGCAUCGUCAACGAAACAUGUGACUCUCUGGCCUUCUGUGCCUGCAGCACCGUGGAUCGGCUCUGUCUCAACUGCCACAGAAUGGAGCAGAAUGAGUGUGAGUGUCCUUGUGAGUGCCCCCUGGAGGUCAACGAGUGCACCGGCAACCUCACCUACGCUGAGAACAGAAACCCUAGCUGUGAGGUGCACCAGGAGCCUGUCAGUCUAAAUGUGAUUGAUCCUGGUCUUCAUGACAGCCUACCUCAGUGUAUCAACACCCGCUGUAGCCAAAGAUACACCAGCAGUGACUGUUUUGGGGUGUUGGACUGCGAGUGGUGCAUGGUGGACAGCGAUGGUAAGACCCAUCUCGACAAGCCAUACUGCGCCCUGCAGAAGGAGUGUUUCGGGGGCAUCGUCGGAGCCAAGAGCCCCUACGUGGACGGCAUGGGGCUGCUGGACGAGGAAGUCGCAUCUCUCAACAUGAUUAAAAGUGCCCCUGUGGGUCCGGUCGCAGGGGGCAUUAUGGGAUGCAUCAUGGUGUUGGUGCUGGCCGUGUACGCCUACAGACACCAGAUCCACAGGCGCUCGCACCAGCACAUGUCACCGUUGGCCGCACAGGAAAUGUCGGUGAGAAUGUCCAACCUGGAUAACGAGAGAGACGAGCGGGACGAAGACAGCCAUGAGGACAGAGGAAUCAUCAGUAACACUCGAUUUAUCGCUGCGGUAAUCGAGAGGCACACCCACAGUCCUGAGCGCAGGCGGAGAUACUGGGGACGAUCUGGGACAGAGAGUGACCAUGGCUACAGCACCAUGAGCCCACAGGAGGACAGCGAGAAUCCGCCCGGCAACAACGACCCGCUCUCGGCCGGCGUCGAUGUCGGUAACCACGACGACGACCUGGACCUUGACACGCCGCCGCAGACUGCCGCGCUGCUCAGCCACAAGUUCCACCCCUAUCGUCACACGCACACGCACCACCACCCGCUGCACACACACACACAUCACCUGCAAGCUGCGGUCACCGUGCACAGCGUGGAUGCAGAGUGCUGAUCCUCAAUGCAGCGUUCAUGGAACUUUUAAUUAUAAAGACUAUUGUGAAAAGGCGUUUCUGCUUUACUGGACAGCACACGAGGAAGAGUGACAGGAUGGAUGGACGAGGCAGAGGAAGGGACUAAUGUACGGCAAAGCUGGACUUGCACCCGCAGCGUCUCGAGUGCUGACCCGCCGAGCCGCCACGAUGCCCGACACGAAUGAAACUUUUGCUUAAUUUGUGUGUUAGCCCCACGGUCUCACGUUACUGCCAUCUCUAUACCUUUCUCCUUCGACCUGAUUCAAAAAUCUGGCAAGUGAAGCGGAAAAUUGCUAGGCCAGUAAAAAAUGACCAAAUGGGAUGUGUUUUAUUUUAUUUUUAAUUUUUUUUAGAAGGAUUUGGAGGAUUCAAGACUCUGUAAGAGCACACACACACAAAAAAAAAAAAACUUUGGGAGCAAACACAAAGCUGUUUGAGCCCAUUCGUCGGCUUUCAGCAAGGACGCAACUGGAACUUCAAUGCCUUAAUACAAGAACAAGGUACAAGAUAUGUAGUUAUGCUUGACAUUUCCAUGUUGGUGGCCAGAGCAAGCGCUUUACAGGGCCGGUGGACUGCUUAGUGAAUGAAUUACUUUGGGAAAACCCUCCAGCCUGAGGUGGACCACUGCCCCCAUGUGAUGCCUGCUUCUUUUUAGCUGCAGGUCUCCAUCCCAGCCUCCACUAAGCCCACUUGUGGUAAGGAGAAGGUGGGUCGGGAUCAGAGCACUCCUUAUCUCUGGUGGAGACUGCUGGAGAUCUCCCACGAUGAGACAAAUACUGUAUCUACGCCACAGACCUGGGUUUAACAUGGGAUAUUGUCAUGGAUUCUCUUAUACCUUUAUUCUCCUGAAUUCUUCAGAUUGACAGUCCAACAGUGGUUUGCUCUUAAAAAUGUCUUGCCUUAACUCAAAGCAGGAGCUAAUGGCCUUACCCGCAAAGGGUUGGGAUGCUUGGACUUACUCAUAAAUAUCCAUAAACUUGACAAUAAUCACAAUGUCUGAAUACAGAAAACAAUAUAAAGAGGAAAAGAUUAUUUUUCUACUAUUUAUUAAAGGAGGUGGAUGGUGGGACAGAUGAGCAAGUGAGUGGCAGCUGUUAACCAAGUAGGGCGGCAGAUGACGUCGGCUGACAUUCACCUACCCGCUGCCCUCCGCUUCCUGUAACCAACACAUCAUAUCCUGUGUCAGAGCAAUUAGGGAGGAAGUGGUUUAUAACAUAGCACGUUUUUCUGCACCUGUUUCUACGGAUGUGAAGCACAGAGGGUCUAUGUGUUCUCGUGAGGCGAGACUCGCUGCAUGGAACGUGUCAAAAAUGUCCUUGUGUGCUUGACAGGACUUGUGUGCUUUCUGUCCUUGUAAGCUCCCAGAGGAUGGAUGGGGAAAAGAGAAGCCAGCUCCAGCAAGGAAAAACAAACAAAAAAAUAAAAUAAAAUAAAACACUCUGGCUUCAGUCACUGCUGGGGAGUUGCCGAGUGAGAAUAAUUGGGACUCUCACAGAUGUGUUGAGAGACUCGCAGGGAGCGAGUGCUCAUGCAAGUGCUGUAGAAAAACCAGCACAUGAUUGGGAUUUUCAGAUACGAGUCCCAUUUUAUCACGACACACCGCUCCACCUCUGAGACCAAGGCAUUAUUGUGCGUAAGGCCUCGGGUCUGUGAAACUAAAUAUUGUGCAAGACAAGUUUAACCGCCAUCGAUGGCCAAGAUGGAGACUCAUUUAAAACACAUAAGAGAGAGAGAGAGAGAGAAAGAUGCUGCUGUUCACUGUACAGAGGAUACAUGCAUCUGUGGGCUCCUCUGUGGUUAACCACUCAAAAUUUAUUUUAUACACUUCUCUGGUGCAACUUCAUGUGUGUUUGUGUGUGAGAGUGUAUGAGUGCAUGUGUGUGAGAGAGAGAGAGAGAGUCUGAAAGAAAGAAUAAAUACCCAUUUAGAACGUUUUCAUUGAAUGCGUCAUUGUAAUUUUUGUUUUCAAGAUAGUAUUAGAGAAUAGAGAUGAAAUUAUUAUGUUUGAGAAAUCCACUUAUUUUUUAUUCUGAUGAGAGAGUCACUUGACCUGAUCUGUGCUUAGCGGGGUUGAUUGUUCAACUGGUCGAAUCAAGUCACUAUGGUAUCUUUUUAUUUCUGGAUGCAAAAUGUCUAUUGUUCCCAGAGAUACAGUAUGAAGUGUAAAUACAGAAUCACAAAUAGCUAUUAAUGUGCUGUACACUCCAUUUUUUUUUUUUAUGUUGGGAAGACAUGACGUGUGCUUCACAUGAUGCUCAGAUAUUUUUGGGUUGAUACUGAAUUGUUUGUUCAUGGUAUCUCACUAUAUUCUUGAUGCCUUGGAUGUUGUUUUUUUUCCUUUAGGUCCAUAUUGGAUGGAAGUCAGUACUUGGAAAAAUUAAUACAUAUAUUAAGUUCAAGUGUCUUUAAGAGACUCCUAGGUUUUAUAGUUUUGUUUCUUCAAAAUGUCAAAGAAAACUUCUCUCUCCAUAAACUAACUUAGAUUGCAAAUAACGGUACUACAUUUUUUCAUCGAUUAAUGACCAAAAUAACAGCCUUGUAGUGGAUUUUUGGGUUUAGGCUACUGUAAGCCACACUAUGGUUCUGUUGCUAGUUAGACCAUCGGUUAUCUUAGCAUAUAUGUCACUUUAGUAGAAUAUUUUAUAUUUUUUUUAACAUGUGUACACAUAUAUGAGCUCAUUCAUUUUCAACUUUAGCUGUCCUAAUGAGCCUGCCUUGCAGAGAAAUAUAAUUUUUUGACAAAUCUGGUACAGAAGAGAGAAUAAAAGCAAAUAUACUGUAUGUACUAAUGUUUUCUGGGAUAUGUCACCACAGUUCACAGAGGUAUGGCUUUUUCUUAGUCUGUGCUUUCACAAAACUUGGGGUUGACUGCUCUUGAACUCAUAUAGGGUAUGCAUAAUAAGUGAAAUAUUCCACUGAAUUGAAUUUGCUUCAAAUCACAGCAGAGUUCAUGGUUCUGGUUCUGUGAGCAUAUAUCCAUACAGACUGAGGUGCCGUUUUAAGUUCAGUUCCUGUAGAUGCCAGGUGUAAACUCAACCAUGCCACUGAGGCAACGGCAACAAAAGUUAUUCACAACCCUGCAAACCACAAACCAGGCCCGUUUGCGUCGCUUCAGGUAGCACACUCUCCAUCCUAUCUGACGUCAAAGCAUUUGAGGGCAAAUUUAAAAAUCAAAUCCAUUGCAGUCUUGGGAAUAACUUUUGUUGUAAGUGUGUGCUAGGUUUUUUUUUUUUUUUUUUCUUUUUUUGUCAAAGAUUGAGUUUGUUGUAAAAGGCUUUUUUUUUUACAGAGAGCAUUUUAACAGUAUUUACCAAUUGUUGUAAACAAGUAUAUGUGUGUAUACAGAACACUCAGAAUCGCAUUGAUUAAUGUACUGAAGGAACAUGUGUACAUCACCCCCUCCCCUCCCCCCUCC